AUGGGCACCCGCCACCUCGUCCUCGUCUACUACAACGGCGCGUACCACAUUGCGCAGUACGGCCAGUUCGACGGCUACCCGGCAGGUUCAGGCGCGCAGAUCCUCCGCUUCAUCUCGGACCCCGCCAAAGUAGCCAAGCUGAAGGCAGUCCUGUCCAACGCCGACGCGAUGCUCUACACACCGACCGAGGAGCAGUGCCAGCAGUUGGACCCCGAGAUUCACCCCUCCAUGUCGAUCAGCACGGGUGGUGCCAUCCUCGAAACGGUCGCCAACGCUACCGAGCCCGUGCCCAUCAUCAAGGAAAUGUGGUUUCUAGCCGAUCAGGUAUCCUGCGAGUGGGUCUACUGCGUCGAUUUGGAUGAUGGGGUGCUCGAGGUGUACAGUGGUUCAAAUGGCACGCCGGUGAAGGAUCAAUACGAGUCGCGGUUCGAGGGUCUGGUGGACUGGAAGGAGGUCAGGAAGUGGGUGGAUGGUUUGCACGAGAUGAUAGGUCUACCGAGGAUGAUUGGAAGGUUCCCCUUUGCCCAGCUGCCUGAUGAAGACGGCUUCAUCAACGCCCUCCCUGAUGGAGACGGCAUCCUCAACGCCCUCGAUGAUGAAGACGACUCCGUCAACGCCCUCGAUGAUGAAGACGGCUCCAUCAACGCCCUCGACGACGAAGACGGCUCCAUCAACGCCCUCGAGUAG